UAUAUGUAUGUAUACGUAGUAGUGUUCAACAAGGUUGAUUCAUCCAUUUUCCUUGAGAAGUUCUAACCAUGAAUUAUCCCAAACUCAGAUUUCAAUCUCUUAAUUGCCUGAUAAGUCUAUGCAAAACCCUCGCAAUCUCAGGGAUAUUUCUGUACUUAACCUUGGUAAUCUUCUUCACCCAAUCCAACUGGUCAGCUUCUGGGUUCUACUCCCCCUUGCAACACAUAUUUGCAGCUUCCCGAACUACCCCUCCUCCUCCCCAUGGUAAUUCUCCUACCAACAUCAGCCACCUUGUUUUUGGACUAGUGGGUUCCGUCAAGACAUGUAGACACAGAAAGGCUUACAUAGAAUCGUGGUGGCGCCCGAAUGUGACGCGUGGAUACUUGUACCUCGACACCGCCCCCACGGAGGAGCUCCUCCCUUGGUCCGCGGCAUCUCCACAGUUCCGUGUCUCCGAUGACAUCUCCAAAAUAGCAAUAAAAGAGUCGAGACACGUGGGGGUUCGGGUAGCGCACGCCAUUUUGGAGGUUUAUAGAGAGGGAGAUCAAGGAGUACGAUGGUAUGUGAUGGGAGACGAUGACUCAAUCUUCUUCGUUGACAAUUGGGUAGAUGUUCUAGCAAAAUAUGAUCACACUAAGUAUAUAUACAUCGGCGGGCAGUCAGAGACUCUUCGAACAGACUUUAAGUUCGCCUUUGAUCAGGGAUUUGGUGGUGCUGGAUUCGCAUUGAGUUACCCUUUGAUUUCAGCUAUGGCGAAAGAUUUCGAAGGUUGUCUCAAGCGAUAUCCAUACUUGGUUACAUCUGACUCGUUGACUAAGUAUUGUGUUGAUGAGCUUGGUGUUCCUUUCUCUGCUGAGAGAGGUAUUCAUCAGCUGGAUCUUCAUGGGGACAUAUCGGGGCUUCUAUCAUCUCAUCCACAAGCACCGUUGAUGUCUCUCCACCACUUUGACAACUUGGCCCCAAUCUUUCCCUCCAUGGAUCGUUUUCAGUCUACAUACCACCUAAUGAAAUCUGCUAAAGUGGACCAUUCGCGGCUGCUCCAACAAACCAUAUGCUACCACAAGCCAACCAACUGGUCCUUUUCAGUCUCAUGGGGCUACUCUGCACAUAUUUACGAGAAGGUUAUCCCCAGAACCCUUUUGAAGAGGCCACUGGAGACAUUUCAGCCUUGGUCGAAGGGCUUGGCGCCACCAUUUUUCCCAUUCAACACGCGUCUGCGCCUGUCAUUCUUUGAUCCAUGUGAUGCGCCUCAUGUUUUCUUCAUGGAGUCCGUCGAGAAUCUUGGAGGAAACCAAAUCGUUUCAACUUACGUUCGGUUUGGAUCACGACGCUUACCGACUUGUUCAUUUAGUGGCAACCAUUCUGCUGACUACAUCUCCAAGGUUCAAGUCUUGUCACCAACGACGAAACUCAUUCAGAUGGAUCGAAGUGAAUGCUGCGACAUUAUACAAGCGGGUGACAAAAACAUAGCUGAGGUCAAAUACAGGACUUGCAUGGAUGAUGAUAUACUUGGUUGAAUGUACUCUUAAUUACUACAAUAAAUAUAAAAGAUCGCGAAUUUUACCCA